CACGAGCAUCCUAAUUCCCCUUCCUGACCACCUUUUCUCGUUCUUUCUUCCUUCCUCGAUUGCUUCUUCUUCACACCCAUCACUCAAGUGAUCAUCAUGCCCCAUUCAUGUGGAGCUGAUGUGGUGUGAUGAUGGCGAAGAGGUGGAAUAGAUUAUACUGUAUUGUGUUACAAGUUAGAACCACACCCAACAACCUUUUGUUUUAAAGAUGAAUAUCCAAUUAAGGAAAAUGUAACAAGUCUGGAGAACGGGCUUUUGCGACUUUGGGCCCCUUUUGUGGACUUUAGUAAGUAGCGAUAGUGUCCAAUAAACCAAGCUUCAACAAAAUCGUUUAGUGUUAACGCAAAUUACAAAGACAUGGACGUUUGUAAGCAGUGACGAAGUUGGCUUGGGGAAAACGAAACAGGGAAAGAAAAGUCAUGGGACGCUAUUCUAUUUCUACUACAUAGACAGAAUUCAGCCAAGAUCUUGUUGCAUAACAAUGGUGCUAUGGGAAAUUACAUUAGGGACGGCGUAUUUCUUAGGGUUAAAGAGAACAUACAGGCUUGCUCUUCACAUUCAACGUCGUCUUGUUAGCCCUAAACACCCCAAGAUCCGUCAAUUCCUCCACAGGAAAACUCGAACUGUAUUUGAUGCAACACUGAAGGUUCAUCGCGAGGUACAACGGAGAGACAUUGAAAUGGGUCGGAAUCUGGGCAAUUGGAUUCUCAAGUGGCUUGAGAAGAUGGAACCGGUGGCCCAGAUUCGAGCUGGAAGUUUUGCUCCAUAUGGGAGGAACACGAUGAGAAUGCCAAACAGAAACAUGCAGUUGAUAGAAUCAUUUCAACAGAAAAGUAGAGGAGGAUUUGGGUAUCGAGAAUCUGGAAGGCGCCUUGUUACAUCGUCGAGAAAUCUUUGGCUUACAACAUAUCCGACUAUUGCCAAGUUGUUGAGGCGUCGAGAGCUUGUUGCGAGUAAUAUGCAGUACAGAGAAUUGGUUUCAAGCAGCAAGAAGAGUUUUGGGUUUAAUGGAGUUGUUCGUAAUGAUAUAAUGCAAUGGUUGGCUCAUGGGUAGUAUUUGUUCUUGUGGAUUUUCAUGGUUGUUAUUGUUCCUUUCUGAGAGUAAAUCAAAGUGAAAAAAUAUCUUCCAAAUCCUUUGUUCUGUUGUAGUUAAUAGGAAUGAAAAUCGCCAGAAGUGUGUCAAUGGCAAUGGGUUGUUUUUCCAUUUUUGUUGUGGAAUAAUAUAUGUUCUACAAUGAAAAUAGCAAACAGUUUCACUAAUCAUAUACUAUUGUUUUGUCCAACAUUAUAUGUUGUUUUUGUCCUUUUAUAAUAUCACAUGUAGCUAGUAGUUAGUUAAUCGUUGCUCAAUUGCUCUUUCACUACAAAUGAUG